AUGGCUUUCUCCCGCGAAGCCGGACAUCGUCGCCGUUGCGACCAGCAAGCUUCACAUCGAUAUCUAGAAUAUCCUUAUCUAGAUUAUUCUUGUGAGACAUCUUAUCGGACAAUUCGUCUUCCGAUAUCGUUCUCGAGGUACGAGAUGAUUCUGCCUCCUCAACGAUCGCCAUCUCCAAUGGCGCUGAAUAUCACUGCUUUUAUGAUCAACGAGCUUCGCGCCAUAAUUUACGAUAUCAUUGUGAAACAUUUUAUCGGACAGUUUAUCUUUCGAUAUCGUUCUCGAGGUAAGCACACUCCAAAAUUUGUACGUCAAUGCGCUGACCUUGCAAAGACUACGCGAGGAGAUGGAAUCUGUUGCAUUGCUGGACCAUCAUCGGGGAAUAUGAGGCCCAUGGCCGACGCAAGGCGGACUGGCAAGUAG